GCACAGCUCAUUAGCUCCAGACUUGCUCGGCCGACUUGGCGUCAGCUUCGCAGCAGAAAGCUCUUCAGAUCUCUACAGCGUAGGCUACUGCUUUCCGGUCAUAGACUACACAAAGUAUGCCUGAAACGGUCUACAAGUCGACCUACUCCAAUGUCCCAGUUUUCGAGGUCAUGGUCAAGUCUAUACCCGUUAUGCGGAGACGGCAUGACGACUGGAUGAAUGCGACGCAGAUUCUAAAGGUCGCUGGCUUUGACAAACCACAACGGACCCGAAUCUUGGAGCGAGAAGUGCAAAAGGGCGAGCAUGAGAAGGUGCAGGGUGGAUACGGCAAAUACCAAGGCACAUGGAUCCCUUUCUCGAGAGGCCAUGAGCUAGCGCAUCAGUAUGAUGUGUAUGAUCAUCUCAAGGCGAUCCUAGAAUACCAUGCUGGUGGAAGCUCGCCCCCGCCUGCUCCAAAGCAUCAAACAGCCGCAUCGACAAGAGGACCCGCCAAAGUUACUGGACAGACGAGACAACCACGAAAGCAAAAAUUAGCCAAACCCGUGGUUGCAGUAGCGAGAGCGCGUGCAACAAGCUCAUCCGUUUCUGAUGCGAGUAUUGAUGAUCUACCAUCAGCGCGAAGUCCCUCGCCCGGCCAAACAGAGUUGUCCCUUCAGUCUGACAAUGAGGAGAUGAUGCCUGCAUCAGAUGAUUAUGGUCCUAUGUAUGAACAGCAAAUCCACAUCUCUGGCUACAGCGAGCGCCUUCUCGAGUUCUUCACAGAUCCCAAGAAGUAUCCGAUGCCAGAAUUUCUUCGUAAUCCACCGCCAGACUAUGACGCGAACACGACCAUCGACGACGAGGGGCAUACGGCAUUACAUUGGGCAGCUGCGAUGGGACUGCUCGAUGUGGUCGCUUACUUGCUGGAUGCACAAGCGCGGAUUGAUGUUGGCAAUGCGGAAGGCCAAACACCCUUCAUGCGAGUCGUUGCAUUUUGUAACAACUACGACCUGAAAACAUUUCCGCAGAUUGUCCGGCAGCUUCUCAAGAGUGUCGUCUACCGCGACAAUGAGAAUAGGACGGUUCUGCAUCAUAUCGCCCUUAUUACUGGCUCUGGUCGAGCAAAGUUGGCAGCUGCACGCUACUAUGCGGAACAGCUCCUCUACAUUCUUGCUGAUGAGAUGACGGCUAUCAAACUGAGCGAGCUGAUUAAUUUCCAAGACCGCAACGGCGACACUGCAUUAACGAUUUGCGCACGCAAUGGAGCGAGAAAAGUACAGAAACUCUUGUUGAGCUAUCAAGCGAGCCCAGAUAUCCCGAAUCAUGAUGGCCGCACUGCACAAGAAUACAUGGACGCGCAUGAGGCUUCCAUCAAGACACAACCUGGCAUGUCGAGCUCGAGUCCGACUGGGCCCGGCGGUGGUCCAACUCGAGGCAGUUCACUGGAUGUUCGGCUCAGUAGAACGCAACACAUUAGCGAAACAGGACGUGCGGCGACGCAUCGUGUUCUACCAUCGAUGGCGGACAAGUUGAAGGAUCUUGCGAGUACAUACGACUAUGAGUUGCGCGAAAAGGAGCUAGACCUGCAGAACGCACGCGGUUCGCUUGAACAGAUGCAGCAAGAGAUGGAAGAGCUGAGACGCUACUUGACGGCGAAUAGCCCGACAGAUAUUGCAUACCUCAUCAAGCAGGCUGAGGCUGAAGAGGCGGCGCACCAUGCUGCAUUGCACCAAGCAUUUGAAGCUUCACAAGUGAAACAGCUGGCUACGUUUGUCGUUCAAGCAAGCGGUCACGAGACAUCCAUGCCGACUGACAUGGCGAAGCUACGACAAACCUUGCUUGGUUUACAGCAGCAACGCAAAGAGAAGGUGCUUGAUCUGGUCUCUCAAUUUGGCUCAACGGGCGUCGGCGGUCGCAUGAAGGACUAUCGGCGACUCAUUGCGACUUCAUGCGGAAUCGCACCACAGGAGGUGGAUGACUUGCUAGGCCCUAUUGAAGAACUGCUUGUUCAGCAGGCGAGUCAGGGUGAAGAGCGAAUGGGAGGUGUGAGUGAGCCAAUGCCGGGCGCACAAGAUGGCUCCAUGGUAGGUGGUCAACCUGCUUGAUCUGACUUGAGAAAGAGUCACUUGUAAACAAAUUAGCGCCAGCUGUCUAGCUUAAUGUCUUUGGAGGGAAGCACAUGCGAUUGAGCCAGUUCAAAUGUCGGGGCAAGUGCUGCUUGAUGCAAGACAUUUGCUAUAUCGAAAUAGGUUCGUGUCAAGAUCACGAGAUCCAUGUCUGCCAGACUGACACCCGAUUGACAUUUGGGCGGAUCCCUGGGAUUGGUUCAGAGUUUUGGCAGGUUGCGAUUGCGCUUCUAUCUCGAGCUCAUGUGCAACUAGACUUAUUCACUGGCCCACAUUGACAUUGAGUAAGGGACUCUCCACUGAGUCUCCAGCAUGGAUGCAGAAAGCAUAGCUCCCAAACCCGUUGACUAUGCCUUGACUCUUGAGUCUCAAGCCUUGAGACAAAAUAUCAUGAAUGAAGUAGUGGCAUGACUCC